AUGAAUCCUGGCGAGAGUCGCGCCCUUCACCCCGAGGAGCUUUUCCUCAACGACUCCCCUGGCAGACAAGAGUCGCCCGUCAUCGGCCCUCUGCGCAUCAACAAACGAGACUCGUCAUCUCCAGCAUCGGCAGCGGGAUCCAGCCCCCCACCGAAUGCCCCGCUGCCUUACCCUGAUGAUCGACCAAGACCUCAGAUACGGACCGCGAGUUCGAAUGAGAGAUAUCCCGAUAAUGUGAGAUAUGGGUCUCCGCCAGCUGGUUCUGGGUCAGUGAGCCCCAACGAAUAUCCCUCAGCUCUACGUCCGCGGGACGGUCGUGAGCCUCGGGUCGCGACUCUGGCCGAGCGGCGUGGUGCUGCCCCGAAGCCAUUACCCGAAUCCCCGGGUCCAGAUGCGCCAGACCGUGAGGCUCUAGCAGCUAGACCUUACCCCCGGCCGCCUGCUGGCCCAGUGCCUGGUCCCCCGGCAGAGGCUUCUACAAAUGCGAAUCAAUAUGACUAUCGCCAACAAUACUACCCGCCGCCCUCUCGGCAGAGUUCGGUGGCUAGGCCUCCAUCCAGCAUGCAGCCUGCUCAAGGCUCGAUCAAUCGAAUCAGUUCUACUGCCUCGACCUCCACAACUCGUGCCCAACGGGGUUCUCCGCCGCCACCAGAGACUCCCGUCGUCGGGCCUGGCCAGCAGCCUGGGUCUGAUAUCGAAGCUCGCUAUGCGGCAGCUGGUAUUGCGGGCACAGGAACUCUCGCGGGUAUUUCAUCAUACAAUUCUGCAGCUCAAAGGCGAGCGGAGCAGUACUUUGGGCAGCAGCCGACUUUCCAGCAGCCUCCACAGCCACGGCCAUGGACCCCAACCGAGCAGCCUGGAUCUCAGCCGCAUGGACCUCCUACUGUUUACCAAGGUGCAGAGGUUGUGAGCGAGGACAGCCAUCCAGCUACUUCUCACCCUGGCCAGUACAGCAGUCCCCCUCCCCAGUCUCACCCAGGACAGUAUAGCAGCCCACCCCCUCAGACCCAUUCCGGUCAAUACAGCAGCCCCCAUCCCCAACCCCAGUCAAGCCAAUACAGUGGCUCGCCAUCCCAGCCACAUCCAGCAUCUGUGCAGCCGCAGCAGCAAGAGCAGCCGGAGAGACCUGACAAUGCUCUGGAGCAAGAUAUGGACCGAAUGCGCCUCAGUUCUUCGCCUCCUCCUGCCUACUCAACGGGGCGGGCGGCCGCCGCCGCCGCCGGAACUGCAAUGGCACACCCUGCCUUGUCAAAUCAGCAUCCUGCUCUUGCGAAUGCGCCUUCACCUGCACCGACAGCCUCUACACAAGAUCAUCCCGCAUUUGCAAAUGACCCAAGGCAGCAGCAGGUGGGACAGUCCCCGCAAGCUUCUGUUGCGAGUGAUUUGUCUGGCUUCCAUCAACAGACAGCUCAACUUACUUCUCCUGGUCCCGCUGGUCCAACUCCAGCGUCUCCGCCGCCUCUUCCAGAAGGGUGGAUUGCCCACAUGGACCCCGGCUCUGGACAAUAUUAUUAUAUCCAUUUGCCUACGCAGUCAACACAAUGGGAGUUUCCCAAGGGACCUACACCACUGAACCUCAAUGAGACACCCUUGUCUCCGGUUGGGAGUGUUUACAGCGCUCAUCCGCUGGCUUCUCCCGGCCUUUCAGCUUUCGGGAAGCCUCUUGCAUCACCAGGUGUACCUUUGACCCCUGGCUUUGAGAGUUUGCAGUCUCCUAUGUCCGGAUUCUCCGGGCCCCCUCCCAGCAGCGGCAUGGACUUAUACAAAACCACCCCUACAAAUGGUGUCUACUUUGGUCCUUACCUGCGUUAUACCAAUAUGGAUAUUGAGCGAGGGGUCUGGCUGGGAUCAAUUCUUCUCGUAACAGAUGCCGCACAGCCACCUACGAUCCACAUGCACCAGAGUGUGGAUCUGUCUCCGAACCCACGACAGCUCAAGGCAAAUAAUAUUGCCGCUCAUCAGCGGUGGACAUUCUACAAGUAUGAGAUUGACUUGCAGAUGGACGACGCGGGUCCAGCAAAGUGGACUUAUGCAAUCACCUCACACUUGGGCUGCACACGCUACGAGUUCCUUGUCGCCGGUAGACAUGAAACUAACUGGCGGUUCAUUGCCACCUCUGGAAAUGACUUCUCGCUGAACGUCAAUGCCAAUGAGCGUGCUCGCCUGGGUGGUGUUGGAUUCAUGUGGAAAGAUAUUAUGCAAAAGCACAGCGAGAUUGGUGGAUUCCAUACUCAAUUAUGCUUAGGUGGUCAGAUCUAUGCAGACCGCAUGUGGAAGGAAAUCCCAUCUCUCAAGCAGUGGCUCACUCUCAGUGGCAAGGAAGCUAGGAAGAAUGCACCAUGGACCGCAGCCAACGAACAGGAUGUCUCUCAUGCGUACUUCCACUACUAUACCAGCCACUUUGACCAACCCUACAUGAGGGAGUCGUUUGCGCAAAUUCCCUACAUCUGCCAAAUCGAUGACCAUGAUAUCUUUGAUGGUUUUGGUUCUUAUCCUGAGCACAUGCAGUUCUCAAAUAUGUUCAAAAACAUUGGCCGCAUUGGUAUCGAGAUGUAUCUUCUCUUCCAGCACCAUACAACUCUUGACAUACUCCGAAAUGUGAACAACGACAUGGAUCUCUUCACUAUCACUGGCACUGGCUGGCACUUUGUGAAAUACUUGGGCCCAGGCGUCGUCGUCGUCGGCCCCGAUUGUCGCUCGGAACGAAACCCCCAUCAGGUCAUGGCUGGUCCCACGUACCAGGGUCUCUUCCCAAAGAUUGCAAUGCUGCCUGCCAGCGUGCAGCACUGCCUCUGGAUGAUUUCUGUGCCGCUAAUCUAUCCUCGACUAGAAACUGCAGAACAUAUUGCCCAGACUGUCGCCACAGGGAAGCGCGCAGUCACCGGUGCAUACAAUGUUCUUGGCAAGGUGACCAGCUCAGUGGCCGGCGUUGUAGGUGCCAAGGACUUUGUAGGAUCAGGAUUCGACUCAGUGAAGAGGGCUGUAGGCAAAUCCGGACUCAUGGGUGGCAUUCUCAGCCCCUUCGGUGAGUUCGAUCUCAUGGAUGAGUUGCGCGAUCAGUGGACGCACGAAUCAAAGGAUCUCGAACGGACUUACCUGAUCCGUACACUUCAGGGCAUCGCACACCAAAAGUCUCUGCGUAUGACUUUCCUCUCUGGUGCAGUAAACGUCUGCGGCGCAGGUCUCGUACACGACCCUUCCCAGCCUUCAGACCACAAGACCAUGUAUCAACUUAUCGCUUCGCCUGUGGUCAACACCCCGCCCCCAUCCUAUAUCAUCAAGCUCCUGCACAGUCACAGCAAGCCACUAUAUGUUCCUGCCAAUGGCCAUCGAUCAUCGGCUCAACCAAGCGAUACCAAGGAAGACAUGAUGGAGAUUUUCCAGACAGAUGUCAAUGGCCAAGCCCGUGAGUAUCGCAAGCUCAUGGCCCGCCGUAAUUAUGUCGCGAUUGUCGCCUACGAUCCGGAGUCUGUCAACCCUACGUAUGGCGAUGGCUCACGAGGCUCUAAGAGCAAGCUGAGUCUUGCAGCUGAUUUCAUGGUCCAGGGCGAAGGUGCCUAUGGGACUGUAGUCAAGUUUGGUCCUGUGAUCGUGCCGAGUUUGGAGCAUGGUCGGUGA